CGCUACGGGGCUCUUCCCCACCGCGUCCAGGCCGGGCGCGCGGGAACCGGUUACCGAGCGGACCCAGACGACCUCUGCCUUCGUCAUUUCCUGCCGGCCCGUCGGUUUCCGGAUGAAACGAGGAGCCAGAGAUGGGAGUAUGUACAUCUCCACACUCGCUGUCCAGAAAUCAGAGGAGGAAGUGUCCUUGAAUCAAGCAUGGGCCACAAACCUGGUUAGCAGCCAGAGAGGACACAUACCUUGCAGGCAUUUUACCUUGGAAACAUAAUUUGGCUUCCAUGUCACCCUCGAAUAUGAGGGAUAAACCUAGUUUCAGCAUGUCCUCAGUGGAGACCAAAGACCAGGUUUGCGCCUUCAAGAGGUCUUCUAAACCUGUGAAGCAGCAACCCUUUCCGGAAGAAAAUAAUAAGUCAGAUAUCUGUGAAUGGAAUAUAUGGCCGAGGGACUUAUUAUGAUAUUAUGGAAGAAUGGUUUAAAAAAAAAAAAAAAAACUGAAGAAAAGGCAAAUUUCAAGAAGAGACUCCAAUGCCAUUUAGGAUUUUCAAGCAGCUGAGAAGAAGAUGGUUCUGAAAAUAUGUGUGACAAGAUUCUAGCAAAUUUCUUUGAGGAGACAUCACAGCUUCCCCAGAUUGGGAGAAAAAUAUGGAAUGUGUUUUACUGCUGACUGAACACAACCAAAUGAACUGUACUGACAGUAGUUUGAAAACCAGCAGUUAGCAGUUUGUUCAGGCUCCAACAUUGCCCAGUAGUUUCCAGAGCAAACUCACUGUUUACAAGAACUCCCGGCCUUACGAAGUUUAUAACCUCAAGCUUUUAUUUAAAAUAUUUCUGCAAAAGAAAAGUAGCUGGAGCCCACUGUCCAAAAUGGCCAUGGAGGAGUAUUUGUGGAUGGUCAUUUUGGGUUUCAUUAUAGCUUUUAUCUUGGCGUUUUCUGUUGGUGCAAACGAUGUUGCUAAUUCAUUCGGUACUGCUGUGGGCUCUGGCGUGGUGACCUUGAGACAGGCGUGCAUAUUGGCUUCAAUAUUUGAAACCACUGGCUCAGUAUUGUUGGGAGCCAAAGUUGGAGAGACCAUUCGAAAAGGUAUCAUUGAUGUGAACCUAUACAAUGAGACGGUAGAAACACUAAUGGCCGGGGAAGUUAGUGCAAUGGUUGGUUCAGCUGUUUGGCAGCUAAUUGCAUCCUUUCUGAGACUUCCAAUCUCAGGAACUCAUUGCAUUGUUGGUUCUACUAUAGGAUUCUCACUUGUUGCAAUUGGUACGAAAGGUGUGCAGUGGAUGGAACUUGUCAAGAUUGUUGCUUCUUGGUUUAUAUCUCCACUGUUGUCUGGUUUCAUGUCUGGUGUGCUGUUUGUACUGAUCAGAAUUUUCAUCUUAAAGAAGGAGGACCCUGUUCCCAAUGGCCUUCGGGCACUUCCAGUGUUCUAUGCUGCUACUAUAGCAAUAAAUGUAUUUUCCAUCAUGUACACAGGGGCACCAGUGCUCGGCCUGGUUCUUCCCCUGUGGGCAGUAGCACUCAUUUCCUUUGGUGUUGCUCUCCUGUUCGCCCUUUUUGUGUGGCUGUUCGUGUGUCCGUGGAUGAAGAGGAAGAUAACAGGCAAAUUGCAAAAAGAAGGCACUUUAUCACGAGUAUCUGAUGAAAGUGUCAAUAAAGUUCAGGAAGUGGAGUCCCCAGUAUUUAAAGAACUGCCAGGUGCCAAGGCUAAUGACGACAGCACUGUCCCUCUCACGGGGUCGGCCGGGGAGACCUCUGGGACCUCAGAAGGCGCACCAGUGGGAAACCAUCCUCGGGUCCCUUAUGGAAGGGCGCUGUCCAUGACUCAUGGCUCUGCAAAGUCGCCCAUCUCCAACGGCACAUUUGGUUUUGAUGGCCACACGAGGAAUGACAGUCAUGUGUACCACACUGUGCACAAAGACUCGGGGCUCUACAAAGACUUACUGCACAAAAUCCACGUAGACAGGGGGCCUGAGGAGAAGCCCGCCCAGGAAAACAACUAUAGGUUGCUACGGCGAAAUAACAGUUACACGUGCUACACAGCGGCCAUUUGUGGGAUGCCAGUGCACUCCACUUUUAAAGCUGUCGAUUUGUCGUCUGCACCGGAGGACAGUGAAAAGCUGGUGGGUGACACCGUGUCCUAUUCUAAAAAGAGACUUCGCUAUGACAGCUACUCAAGCUACUGCAACGCGGUAGCGGAGGCUGAGAUAGAGGCAGAAGAGGGAGGUGUGGAAAUGAAGCUGGCGUCUGAGCUGACCGAUCCUGACCAGCCUCGGGAGGACCCCAUAGAAGAGGAGAAGGAGGAGAAAGACACAGCAGAGGUGCACCUCCUGUUCCAUUUCCUGCAAGUCCUUACUGCCUGUUUCGGAUCGUUUGCCCACGGUGGCAAUGACGUGAGUAAUGCCAUUGGUCCCCUGGUAGCUUUGUGGCUUAUUUACGAACAAGGUGGAGUACUGCAAGAAGCAGUCACCCCCGUUUGGCUGCUGUUUUAUGGAGGAGUCGGAAUUUGUACAGGUCUCUGGAUUUGGGGGAGAAGAGUGAUCCAGACUAUGGGGAAGGACCUCACUCCCAUCACACCAUCCAGUGGCUUCACCAUUGAACUGGCCUCAGCAUUCACGGUGGUGGUCGCCUCCAACAUCGGGCUUCCUGUCAGCACCACACACUGCAAGGUGGGCUCGGUGGUGGCUGUGGGCUGGAUCCGCUCCCGCAAGGCCGUGGACUGGCGCCUCUUCCGGAACAUCUUUGUGGCCUGGUUUGUGACUGUGCCCGUGGCUGGGUUAUUCAGUGCUGCUAUCAUGGCUCUUCUCAUGUAUGGGGUCCUUCCGUAUGUGUGACUGGUCUUCUUCCACCCAGUGAGCCGGUAAAGGGAUGGUCUGGUGUGGGUAUGCAUGGGAGGUGUGUCCCACAUAUCACACACACGCACACACAUGCACACACGUCCUGUCUCCCAACCAGCACCCACAUACCCUUUCAGAUGGUUCCAUGACACUGUUCACCUAGGCUGCAGAGAUUCAUCUUCCAGAACUAACUUAACGACUGUACAUAAUAAUGUGUAUUAAACUGGUGUCGUGGUGAUAUAACGUGGUGCAGUUACUUAUAUGUUAAAUAUAUAUUGUAUACAUAGACUAGGUAGCAUUAUUUCAAACAUAUUCAAAAUGGAGUGGAGGUCAUUGCCUAAAAUGAAAUAUUCAAUACAUUUUUGUACAUAAUGAUUUCAGUGGCAAUUUUUAAGAACCUUUAUAAAAGGAAAGUAUAGAUUGGGAAAUGAUUUUAUUUUCCAAAUGACUAUUUUUCCCACUUAAUAUACUGUAAGGUAAAUGAGAUGCAGGAUGUAUGAGACAAAUUUGGGAAGGUGUAUGGAGGUCAGUGUGGUAUCGAAUAAUACUGGAACAGAAGUUCACAAGUGCUUUCAUUGAAAAAUUUGUUCAUAUACUGUGUAUUGAUUAUUGUGUAAUGUAUCAUAAUUGCUUCUGUAAAUACUUAAAACUGUAAUUUUUUAAUGGUGUGCUUCCCUUACACUUUUUUGAUCAGAGAAUUUUAGAAAGCACCAAAGAAGCAGGGGAAUAGUUUGCCAGUAUUAUAUUUUCAAAUUGUUUAUCUCCCCUUGUCAUAAAUCACUACCGCUAACCUAGGAGGUAGUCACACCAGCCGUGUUUUAACCUGCCCCAGAGGAAUGUGUAGGAUCCAAGGCACCUGACCCGUCAUGUUCAUGCCACGCUUUGGGUCCCCCAACCCCCAGCACCACCCACCCCUGCCGCCACACACCAGGUAUUGGCAAACCUGCGCUGGACUCCCAUCUGUCAGCAAUGCGGAGGCUGUGCAAACUUAGGGUGUGUGAUUAAGCACUACAUAUCAAGUCCAGUUGAAAUGUGCAUCCCUGUCCUCUCCUGCAGCCCAAAGAGCAGAAUUCUUGCCUCAAACAUUGAAGCAAGUGAGUGAGGCUUUUCAUAUGCGUUGACAUUCUAGAAAUUCAGGGAUGGGGUUGAAAUACUGGAAAAUACACUGGAUUUGAGGAUUUCUUUGAGGCCUUUACUAAGCUGAACAUCUUGAUACUCUACUGUAGUCCCAUUGGAUGCUCUUCUUUUUUGAUAGUGGGGGGAGAAAGGAUGACUAAUGUUAGAGCCUGAAACUAUGGAAAUGCUGCUAAAAUUUUUAUAUUGACAAACAUUUUAUCGGUACUUCAUUGUGAUUUUUCAUUAAUCAACCAUAUUAAAUUUAUAAUAAAAAA